UGAAUUUGAGGGUUUGAUAUUGUUAAUCUUAUUCGUUUGUGAUUUUAUCUAUGGAAGCUUCUUUAAAUUAGACACUGUCUGUUGAUAAUUUUUCUAGACUGUUUCCAGUUUUAAUUCUGGACACUGUAUUUGCCAGCUUUGAAACAGUUGGGAAUGUUUGAAGAGAAAGCAGAGAUCAGUCUCAUAUCUGGAAUCUACAGGGUUAGUGGGUUUAUUGGCUGGAAUUCUUCAACUGCUUCUGUAGUUGACCCAAGUGUGUUUAGAGCACCUGAAUUAGGGGCCAGUAUUCGUCAGUAUAGUCAUUCCAGGGUUUCUGCAGGGAAUUCGUUCCAGGACCCCCUAUGGCACCAAAAUCUGAGAGGGCUCAGGCCCCUCAGAGUCCACCCUGUGGACAGGGACCUGUGGAUCCCACAUCCGCGGAUUCAGCCAACCACAGGUGUUGGUGUUUUUCAUCUGCGGUUGGUGGAACUCGCAGGUGCAGAACUCACGGAUCCCAAGGGCCAACUCUGUUCUGCAAGGCCCAUUGUAGCUUCCUUAUGUCUUCUGCCAGUCAGCCCAGAGGUCCCCAUUCAGACAAAAUAGCAAUUAGGUUGUUGGCUUUGUAAUAUGAAGAAUUUUGAGCAGAAGAGGUAAACUUUCGUGUCUUAUUUUUAAAAAGAAUAAUCAGAUUUCAAGCUUUUUUUUAAUGUGGAAAAUUUUCAAAUUUAUUGUUUUAACAUAGAAAAACUGCACAUUCAUUUUUUCUGCCUCUGUAAGUAUGAGGAAUAUGUUCAACAACAAAAUAAUUAUAAAACCAUUAUAGUGGAGGGGAUUUUUUUGUUCAUAAUAAGUAAUUAAGAUAUAUGACUUGGCUUUUUUUUUAAUUAAUUAAUUUAUUUUUUGCUGCAUUGGGUCUUUGCCGCUGCGCGCCGGCUUUCCCUAGUUGCGGCGAGCGGGGGCUACUCUUCGUUGCAUUGCACAGGCUUCUCAUUGCGGUGGCCUCUCCCGCUGCGGAGCACAGGCUCUAGGUGCGUGGGCUCAGUAGUUGUGGCGCACGGGCUUAGUUGCUUCGUGGCAUGUGGGAUCUUCCCGGACCAGGGUUCGAACCUGUGUCCCCCGCACCGGCAGGCGGACUCCCAACCACUGCGCCACCAGGGAAGUCCCUUGGCUUUUUAAAAGGUAUUUUCAGUAAUACAGAGUAUGCUGUAAUUGGACUGCUGAUAUACUUCAUGUCUUGCCAUUAGGUGACAUCUUUAUAAAUUGAAAGUUAUUUCAAUGUUUUAUGCAAAUCAAUCACAUCUAAGCUUUGUUUAACACAAUAAGCAGAUGUGUAUAUUUGUAUAGGGUUUUAUUUUAACAAGUCUUUUGGAGUGUGUUUUCUCAUUUAAUCGUUGUAACGCCCCUGAGUCUUAGAGAAGCUAAGUGACCAGGGGUCCUCCGGCCACUAUGUGGCCAACUUAGGGCUCACACCUAGUUUUUUUCCUUUUAAGUCCACUGUCCCCUCACUAUGUGACACUGCUUUUAUCCGGCUGAGCAUUUUUUUAAAUAAAUUUAUUUAUUUAUUUUUGGCUGCGUUGGGUCUUCGUUGCUGCAUGUCGGCUUUUAGUUGCGGCGAGCGGGGGCCACUCUGUUGCGGUGCGCGGGCUUCUCAUUGCGGUGGCUUCUCUUGUUGUGGAGCAUGGGCUCCAGGCGCGUGGGCUUCAGUAGUUGUGGCUCAUGGGCUCCAGAGCACAGCCUUAGUAGUUGUGGCACACGGGCUUAGCUGCUCCACGGCAUGUGGGAUCUUCCUGGACCAGGGCUCGAACCCAUGUUCCCUGCAUCGGCAGGCAGAUUCUCAACCACCGCGCCACGAGGGAAGCCCGGCUGAGCAUAUUUUUAAGUACUUCUUCAUGACUUAAGAGUUAUACCACUGCAUUUUAACUCUGAAUUCAGGUAGUGAAAAGGUCUCUAGCGUCCUUUCAGAGGGGCCUGUAGAACUAUUUCUGUGUGUAGAAGUAAUUUUUAAAAAGUCUUGAAAUAUCCAUGAAGUUUUUUUAAACUUCCAUUAAACCUUGAAAGAAUAAACUGAAAUUUGGAAGGAUCAUUUCUGAAGAAGCUAAGGGCUGAGGGGAGUUAUUAAGUUUAUAAACUGUAUCAGAUAUACUCAGUGGUGUCUUGGUUUCAGACGUUUUCAGGCUUACAGGAAAUGUUGAGUGAGAUUCUGGCAUUUGAUACUACAGUUUACUGGAGUAUUUUUAGCAUCUGAAAAUACGGUACUGGCAGGAACUGAUUUCUCUGUUGACCGUCUCCUGUAAAGGGUCACGUUUUAAUUUUUUUUUAAUUUAUUUUUAUUUAUGUUAUUUAUUUUUGGCUGUGUUGGGUCUUUGUUGCUGUGCACAGGCUUUUUCUAGUUGUGGCGAGCAGGGGCUACUCUUCGUUGCGGUGCACGGGCUUCUCAUUUCAGUGGCUUCUGUUGCUGCAGAGCACAGGCUCUAGGCACUGGGCUUCAGUAGUUGUGCCUCGCGGGCUCUGGAGUGCAGGGUCAGUAGUUGUGGCGCGUGGGCUUAGGUGUUCCGCGGCAUGUGGGAUCUUCCUGGACCAGUGAUCAAAACCAUCUCCCCUGCAUUGGCAGUGAGACGGUUUAAGCGGAAGCAUCUUACAGCCGUCGACUGCCAACAUCUGGCUCGCAGUCACUUGGCCGUGACCCAGCCCUUCGGUCAAAGAUGGACAAACAGAGACCCGAACCACGGUCUCUAUCCUAGACCCAGAACCAAAAGAGGGACUAGAGGUCGAGGAUGCCUGGGAUACAACCCUGAAUUCUUCCUCGCUGGCCAGCAGCGGCGCACCAAUGACAUGGCCAAAAGCAAUUCUGUGGGCCAGGACAGCUCUAAGGACUCGGAGGAUGAGAUGAUUUUUGCUGCAGAAGGCCACUGCGCCCUGCCUCAGGGAGGUGAUGGAGCAGUACGGCCACGCUCGUCAGGGAAGCGGUCUCGGUCCUUCGAGGACGAGAGGAAUCAAGCCACAGGGACCAGUCAGUGGGAUGGGGUUUCUAGGAAGACCCCACGGCAUCAUCUGUCCCUGUCGUGCAGACGGCCCAGGGAAGGCAGGCAGGAAGCAGAGGACGGUGUGUCGUGGUUCUCUGCGCAGCCGGGAGAAUCCAGCCAGGAGGUGGAGGACAUUGGUCCUGAUCCUGUUCCUGACUCUUACUAUGGGCUUCUUGGGACCUCGCCCUGCCAGGAACCCCAGAGCCACAUCUGCAGCCUGCCCAGUGAGGUCCUGAGGCACAUCUUUGCUUUCCUCCCCAUGGAAGACCUCUACUGGAAUCUGAGCUUGGUGUGCCACUUUUGGAGGGAGAUAAUCAGUGAUCCACUGUUCAUUCCUUGGAAAAAGCUGUAUCACCGAUACCUGAUGAAUGAAGAGCAAGCUGUCAGCAAAGUGGAUGGCAUCCUCUCGAGCUAUGGCAUAGAGAAGGAGUCAGACCUGUGUGUGCUGAACCUCAUCCGCUACACAGCCACCACUAAGUGCUCCCCGAGUGUGGACCCUGGACGGGCGUUGUGGAGUCUGAGGGAUCACCUCCUCCUCCCCGAGGCAGAGGCCUGCGUGCGCCAACACCUCCCCGAUCUCUACGCUGCCCCUGCCGGUGUCAACGUGUGGGCCUUGGUGGCGGCCAUCAUCCUCCUGUCCAGCAGCGUCAAUGACAUCCAGCAGCUGCUCUUCUGCCUCCGGCGGCCCAGCUCCACAGUGACCAUGCCAGACAUCACUGAGACUCUGUACUGCAUUGCCGUGUUGCUCUACGCCAUGAGGGAGAAAGGGAUCAACAUCAGCAAUCGGAUUCACUACAACAUUUUCUAUUGCCUGUAUCUUCAGGAGAAUUCCUGUGCUCAGGCCACAGAAGUCAAAGAGGAACCAUCGGUCUGGCCAGGCAAGAAAACAACCAUCCAGCUGACACAUGAACAACAGCUGAUCCUAAGCCAUAAGAUGGAACCUCUCCAGGUGGUAAAAAUUAUGGCAUUUGCAGGUACUGGGAAGACCUCCACCCUGGUCAAGUACGCUGAGAAGUGGUCUGAGAGCAGGUUUCUGUACGUGACCUUCAACAAGAGCAUCGCCAAGCAGGCCGAGCUCGUCUUCCCCAGCAAUGUCAUCUGCAAGACCUUCCACUCCAUGGCCUACGGGCACAUCGGGCGCAAGUACCAAUUGAAGAAGAAGUUGAAUCUCUUCAAGUUAACCCCCUUCAUGGUCAACUCUGUCCUUGCUGAAGGGAAGGGUGGCUUCAUAAGGGCCAAGCUAGUAUGUAAGACUCUGGAAAACUUCUUUGCCUCGGCUGACGACGAGCUGACGAUUGACCACGUGCCCAUCUGGUGUAAGAACAGCCAGGGACAGAGAGUCAUGGUCGAGCAGAGCGAGAAGCUGAACGGUGUCCUCGAAGCGAGCCGACUUUGGGACAACAUGCGGAAGCUGGGCGAGUGCAAGGAGGAGGCUUACCAUAUGACGCACGACGGCUACUUGAAACUCUGGCAGCUCAGCAAGCCUCUGCUGGCCUCUUUUGACGCCAUCUUUGUGGACGAGGCCCAGGACUGUACCCCAGAGCCCUUACUUUCCAUCUUCUUGGUCGCAGCGAUCAUGAACAUAGUUCUGUCUCAGCCAUGUGGGAAAAUCUUCGUGGGGGACCCACACCAACAGAUCUAUACCUUCCGAGGUGCAGUCAACGCUCUGUUCACAGUCCCUCACACGCACGUCUUCUAUCUCACACAGAGUUUUAGGUUUGGUGUGGAAAUUGCCUAUGUGGGAGCUACAAUCUUGGAUGUCUGCAAGCGAGUAAGAAAAAAGACUUUGGUUGGAGGCAACCAUCAGAGUGGCAUUCGAGGUGACACGAAGGGGCAGGUGGCCCUGCUGUCCCGGACCAACGCCAACGUGUUUGAUGAGGCCGUCCGGGUGACGGAAGGAGAAGUGCCUGCCCGGAUCCACCUGAUAGGGGGGAUUAAAUCAUUUGGAUUGGACAGAAUCAUUGAUAUUUGGACGCUUCUUCAGCCGGAGGAAGAACGGAAGAGACGAAACCUCGUCAUUAAAGACAGGUUCAUCAGAAGGUGGAUGCACAGAGAGGGCUUCAGUGGCUUCAAGCGGUAUGUGACUGCGGCCGAGGACAAGGAGCUGGAAGCCAAGAUUGCGGUCGUGGAGAAGUACAACAUCCGGAUUCCAGAGCUGGUGGAAAGGAUAGAGAGAUGCCACAUAGAGGACUUGGACUUUGCAGAGUACAUCUUGGGCACUGUGCACAAGGCCAAAGGCCUGGAGUUUGACACUGUGCAUGUCCUAGAUGAUUUCGUGAAAGUGCCUUGUGCUAGGCACAACCUCGCUCAGCUGCCCCACUUCAGAGUCGAGUCAUUUUCUGAGGACGAGUGGAAUUUACUGUAUGUAGCAGUAACUCGCGCCAGGAAGCGUCUCAUCAUGACCAGGUCACUGGAGAACAUCUUGACUUUGGCUGGGGAGUAUUUCUUGCAAGCAGAGCUGACAAGUAAUGUUUUGAAGACAGGCGUGGUCCGCUGCUGCGUGGGGCAGUGCAGCAACGCCAUCCCCAUGGACACCGUGCUCACCAUGCGGAAGCUACCCAUCACCUAUAGCAACAGGAAGGAAAACAAGGGUGGGUACCUGUGCCACUCAUGUGCAGAGCAGCGCAUUGGGCCGCUGGCCUUCCUGACUGCCUCCCCCGAGCAGGUGCGCGCCAUGGACCGCACCGUGGAGAACAUCGUGCUUCCCCGGCAUGAGGCCCUGCUCUUCCUUGUCUUCUGAGGUGCAGGGAGCUCUCUCCUCCGGCCAGGAUGCUGGGCAGACUCCUGCCUCCGUGGACGGCGGCAUGGGGGGCUCCCUCCCCGAGACCGGACUCACUCACAGAGCAUCUUCUGAGGAAGAUGAAGCCGACUGGAGCUGGACUUGCCGUGUCUCCACCCCUGGAGGUAGCCAGACCCCACUGCCCCUCCUCCACCCCAGCAGGCCGGGGAUGCAGGGGAUGGUCUUUUGAUAAAAAAAAAAAAAAGAAAAAAAAAAGAAAAAUUAUGUAUUUAAACUUUUAUUACAAGGUUUCGAUUAAACAGGCAUUGUAGCACUGGC